UUCUUUAUUCUUGUGUCGUAGUCAGCAGUCUCAGUACAGGUCUGUGGACAGUCUUUGGUCUGAUAAAAAACGAGAGACAUAUAGAUAGAGAGCAGAAUAAUCGUGACAACCAAUCGUGUAACAACUGAAAUGGAAUGGCGAGGAAUGGGUUAUAUAUUUUGAUGUGAUGUGAUGUUGUGGACAAAAAAAUCCAGUGAAGCAUAUGUUGAGAAAGUAUAAGUAAGGAUUAACAUCUUGAGCCCACAUUUUUUAGUAUUAUAUCGAGUAUCCAGCGAUCAGCAAUUCAGUUUGUAAUUAAAGAGUGCUCUUAUAUACUUGGUGCGCUUAGACAAAGGAUAUGUCCUGGUGUAUUGUGUGUCGUCAACCACUUAUCGAGGUCAUUAAAAAAUCAAGAGUAUUUGUUAAAUAAUAAAUAACAAAAAAAAAAAAAAAUAAAAAGUCUCUUCGCUCAGAGGGUGGCUUGCAGUAUGCGUAGGGUUUGUGAUAUUGGAUUAUUAUGGCUGCGGGUGAGGCUGCCCCAACGAAGCCUCGUCAAGAGAAACAAUACGACUAUCUUUUAAAGUUCCUUCUGGUUGGAGACAGUGACGUUGGGAAACAAGAAAUUCUCAGCGGCCUCGAGGACGGAGCUUCCGAGUCUCCUUUCUGCGGUGGUAUAUACACAUACACAUCGUACAAAACUACCACUAUUCUUCUCGAUGGGAAGAGAGUCAAGUUACAAUUAUGGGAUACCUCGGGGCAAGGGAGGUUUUGUACGAUAAUUAGAUCUUACUCCCGAGGUGCCCAAGGAAUACUUUUAGUCUAUGAUAUUACUAAUAAGUGGUCGUUUGAUGGGAUCGAUAGAUGGUUAAAAGAAGUCGAAGAGCAUGCUCCAGGUGUACCAAAAGUAUUGGUCGGCAAUCGACUUCACCUGGCGUUCAAAAGACAAGUAGGAGAGCGAGAUGCAGAAAUAUACGCGGCUAAAAAUCAUAUGGCAUUUUUUGAAGUAUCGCCCUUGUGCGAUUUUAACAUAAGGGAAAGUUUUUCGGAGUUAUCUCGAAUGGCAUUACACCGUAAUGGCAUGGAAAGACUUUGGAGAUCCAACAAAGUUCUCACAUUACAAGAGAUAGCAUGCCGUACAAUUGUUGCCAGAACAACGGUUUAUGAGAUAGACCAAUUGCCUUUACCCAAGUCCAUUAAGUCACACUUAAAGUCGUAUGCAAUGACGACGACAUCGCAAUUACGUUGUAAUAGAUCGCAAAAUUCAAGCAAGAGCCUUGGAUCUCAUCAUCGAAAGUUGCGGUUCGUCGGAGCGGGUCACAAUGGACUGACAACACCGGGCAAUUCACCUGGCAGCAUUACUGACUCGCGUUCUAGUUGCGCUGGUCGUAAUUCUUGCGCAAUAUCCUGAGGGUAAAAUUUAGCCGGCGUUCGGUUUUUAUAUUACACAAAUAAUUUACCAGCGUUUUCCCGUUAAAACUUAACAUUACGCGACUAAAAAUAAUCGUAAUGAUAAUAAUAAUCUAAAAAGAAAUUAAAGAAAAAAAAAAUAUGACGCGUAAACAUUUUUAAUGUAUUAGGAAUUACAUACCCGACAUUUGAUCUUGAAUUGAUAAGCUAAAUUAUUCAAAGUAUGUUAUUUAAAUUUUUAAUUAAAAUUAAACAGUUUUAUCUAUUAUAAAUUAUAAGCAUAAUAUUAAUUCAAGAAUCAAAAAAUAUUUAUCGGAUUUUGUGUGGAAUGCAGCGUUAAUUGCUCACAAUAAUAAUAAAAAAAAAAUAUAACAAUAAUAUUGAUAAUAAAAAAUAAAUCCAGGCAAUAAAUAAAUAAAUAAAAAAUGGUAAUAAAUAACAUAAUUAAAUUACAGGUACUUAUACUCUUAACUUUGUUCUUCUCGGCAGUUAUUAAUCGUUCGAUUGCGUCAUACUACAGUUAAAAAUAAAACUAUAACAUUCAGAUGCUUUUGCAUCUUUGUUAAUAACAAAAAAUAU